AUGAAAAAGCAAAGCGAAGACAGCGAAAUGCAGUCGCUGGACGACACAAGCAAGACCGCGACUCCGGAUAUGGCACGAGCAGACCAAAAAGCCCAGAGCCCACCGAGCACGGAAAAAGACAUUUACGAGGUCGGCUGGGAGGGUGGUGAGGCGGAUCCUCUAUGCCCUCGUAGCUACAGCACCUUGAAAAAAUGGCGCAUCACUCUUGUCAUUUGUUCUGUCAGUCUGUGCAUGACAUGCGCUAGUUCCAUCUACACCGCGACAUACCAACAGAUGGAAGCAGAGCUGGGCAACUCAAGAAUAGUGUCUAUUCUUGGUCUUUCUCUUUUCGUUCUCGGCAUCAGUUUCGGUCCUAUGGCUCUUGGGCCCCUGAGCGAGUUUUACGGCCGACGACCCAUUUACCUCAUUUCCUGGACGAUCUAUGUGAUUUUCAUUAUACCACAGGCCGUCGCCAAGAUUGGGGUGAUUCUCGUUUUUCGUUUCCUCGAUGGCUUCACUGGCAGCGCUUUCCUCGCUGUGGCUGGAGGCACCAUUCACGAUCUCUUCGACAGGGCGCAACUACAACACCCAAUUUCUAUCUUCUCAGUGUCGCCAUUUAUCGGACCUAGUUUGGGUCCCCUGAUUGGCGGUUUGAUCUGUUCUUAUCUCGAUUGGAGAUGGACGUACUACGUUUUGAUCAUUUGGUCUUUUGCUUUGUGGCUAGCAAUCAUCUUCCUUGUUCCUGAGACAUUUCAUCCGAUUCUAUUACGAGACAAGGCGAGAAAGCUUCGAAAAGAGACAAACAACGAAUCAUGGUUUGCUCCUAUAGAAAGAGCGCACAGGUCUGUUGCCCACGCAAUUGGCAACUCCUUACUCCGACCAUUCCAGCUUCUAUUCCUUGAACCCAUGUGUUUCUGCCUCUGCAUUUUUGCAGCACUCUUGCAUGGUAUUCUUUACUUAUUUUUCGACGCUUUCCCGCUGGUCUUUGUCAACAAUCAUGGCUUCAACUUGUGGCAAGUCGGUCUAUCCUUCCUAGGAAUUGGUGUUGGCAUGAUCCUAGCUAUUUUCAUGAAUCCGGUUUGGAACAAUGCGCGAAACCGUCUUAUGCGAAAGAAAGAACAAGAGACGGGUAUCCAUGCUAGCGAGCCCGAGUUCCGGCUUCCUGCUGCUAUGGUAGGCUCUCUGAUUGUGCCUGUUGGCAUGUUCAUGUUUGGAUGGACAACAUUCCCCUGGGUGCACUGGAUUGUUCCUAUCAUAGGCUCUACCAUAUUUGGAUUUGGGGCAUUGCUGCUGUUUACCUCUAUUUUCGGUUUCCUUGUUGACGCUUAUCCAACGUACGCAGCGAGCGCCAUGGCUGCAAAUGGCUUCAUCCGAUGCAUUUUUGCCGCCGUAUUCCCACUUUUCGGCGAGCACAUGUUUGAAGGGCUAGGAUACCAAUGGGCGUCAUCAUUGUUGGCGUUUCUCACUGUUGCCAUGAUACCGUUUCCGUUCCUCUUUUUCCGCUAUGGCAAAUCCAUUAGACACAAAAGCCGCUUCGCUAAGAAGUAG